AUGACAGAAGAUCCAGAAAAUAUUCCAGCUAUAACAGUUAAAGAACCAUUAGAUUUAAUAAGACUUAGUUUAGACGAAAGAAUUUAUGUUAAAAUGAGAAACGAACGAGAGCUUAGAGGUCGAUUACACGCAUACGAUCAACAUUUGAACAUGGUUUUAGGUGAUGCCGAAGAAACUGUAACUACCGUAGAAAUAGACGAAGAAACGUAUGAAGAGGUUUAUAAAACUACUAAAAGAACAAUACCUAUGCUUUUUGUUAGAGGUGAUGGUGUAAUUUUAGUAUCACCUCCUCUAAGGGCAGGAGUUUAA